CUCACAUAUUUAUAUGGUAUGGAUCAGAUAUAAUUAUCGUAUGAUAAUUUUUUUUUCAAUUUUACAUACAAACGCCUUUUAUUUUAAUUUGUCACAAUCAGUAAUGUGGCGAAAAUAAAAAUACACAUUUUAGUUCAUGCCACGUGGUUCGAAAUUUUAUUACAUAUUAAAAGAUACUUUGUACAAAGACAAAUCUAACUCCUUUAACCCUCCCCUGCGUCCAACGAUAUCCUCCAUCCCACAAUUGUAGUUAGCACUGAAGCCAGACUUUUGGAAUAACAGUACAAAUAAUGAUUGAAAUCCGUAUCGAACACGCGUGUGACACCAGUGUGAGCGACACAGUGUUUGACCUGACCUUUCUGUUACACAAAAACCUUUCGAAUACAGCCUUGGCACUUGUUUGUGUCGAAUUCUGUCCAAUCAAAUAACGGUGAGGCACACACAGGGUAAUCAUUGUAUAAAACACAAAAGAAUUGACCCGUCCAGUUUAGAACAGUCAUGGAAGUGUAGUGAGGUAUGAGUUGAAAAAAAGAAAGCUGGAAGAAUAAAAAAUGAAACCUGCAGCCAGAAACAGGCGUAAAAUAAACAGACAACUUAAAACCAAAGCUGCAAAGACAGAAAAGAAGCAACAAGGUUUGUCUUGUUCUGAAGGCGAGAAAGAGGAGUUCGGGGGAACGGAAGGGGAAGUGUCAUCGUCUCUUGACAAUGUAAGUGGCGACGAUAACAACGAGCAGGUGGAACUCAACAUUGGAACCGAGUCCUUUCUAGGAUUCGAGGAUAUCUCGGUGUACAAUGAUAAUGCAGCUGAAGACGCCAAUUUCUCUAUCGGAGAACUUCCAGAUUUGACCUCGGGCAUGAAUUCAAUGUCCCUGGUGGUAGGGGAGGGGCCCCGAGCGAUCGAUCUACGAGACAUGAUCAGCAAACAGACGCUAGCCCACGAGAUUCGGGUGUGUCGGAUAGAGGAGGCGUUCGAGGCAUGCAAUGCGCAGUGCUACCUCCUAAUCUGGGCAAUGAUUGACAUGCCCGUGUCCCAGGAGAUGCUGAGUCUCACCACAUCCAUCAGAUAUGCUAGCAGUUGUAAUAGAAGCACAGUCAUCAUUGGUGUUUCUGAGGGAUCUGCUGAUGUUGAUUUACGUUUACAUGGCGUUGACGAAAUGAUCUUUCAGCCAUUGAAUAUCAGAGAUAUUAGAGAUAAAUACACGAAAUGGACAUCAGCUGUGUUGAUUGCAGAAGAGAAAAAUACUCCCGAAUUAGAAGUCCAAGAAUUUUCAAACCCGGGUACCCCUUCUACCCCAGUGACCCCUGAGACCCCAUCAACGCCAGCUUCUGAGAGUGGGGACGGCUCAGGCGUGACGAUUUCUAUGGAUAGUGGAAUUGAAUCUCCUGCAUUGUCCCAGUGUUUGGAUAAGUGUCUCGUGCGUCUUCCUUCAUUUUCUCAACUGAAAGCCAUGGUGCCAAAGCUCAGAGAUGGGAAGGUGCACAAGAGUAGCAGUGCAAUUGAUCAUACGACGAAGGAAAAAGUUAGGAGAGAAAGAAUAAAAGAUAGUUGUGACCAACUGAGGGUGCUAUUGCCUUAUGUUAGGGGUCGCAAAACAGAUAUGGCAUCCAUCUUGGAAAUGUGUGUAGAGUAUCUGAAACUGGUCAAUGAAGCACUGCCUCAAGAAUUUCAAAAUCAGAUUGCUGAGUUGAUGGCAAAAGGACCAGUCGCCGAAGGGAAUAGUAAGAAUGGGAAGAGGAACGAGAAAGGAGGAAAGCCUGUCAAGUUACCCCUGUCCCCUGGAGAAUCCAACCUAGUGACAUCAUCCAUGGAGUCUGACCAAAUACAUGAAGAAACCUCCAAGGAUUCUAAGCUGAUUGACAAAAUGAAGACUGGUUUCAAAAGAGAUUUGGAAGAAGGGAAUGGUAACCCUCACCAAGUGAAGCGUAUCCGAAUCCAGUCUGGGGCCGAGGACUACGGCCACAUGCAGAAACCCCUGGCUGUCAUGCCUCCAUUUGAAUCGCUCAAAGUUCCAAAGACAGAAAAUGCUUUCCCUGGUAUAGAACAUACUGCCUAUGCAGGGUACCCUUACCAUCAGCUCUCCCCUCAGAUGCUGUACAAUGAGUAUGACCAGGCUUGUCGCAUGUACAGUGCUUAUGAAGGAUACCUGGCCCCACCCUUUUACACCUCCACCACCCCCAACAAACAGCAACCUGACCGUGAGGGAGUUUACAUGGACAACCAGAUGCUGUUCCAUUUCUAUGGCAAUGGCGCAUUGGCCAACAACUACAACAUAGCAGGGGUCUCAGAUUAUGUUAAUCCUAAUGCAGUAUUGCCCCUAGCAUACAGUAAGAUCAAAGUCGAUGACAAUGAGGAGCAUUCUCCCCCUCUCUCUCAACCCUAACCUGGACAAUACAGCAUUGGACAAGUUGGUGCAUCACAACUUGUAGCAUAUAGAUGAAAAGGUGAAAAACUCAUAUCUAUAGGCUUUGUUUCUGAAGCUUAAAGUUUUCAAUAUUUUGUUUUUUACAGAUAUUAUCAUGAAACUGGGUUUUUUGGUUUUUGGCAUUACUGCAUUUUGUUUUCUACUGUGAAGAACAAUUAUUAUUGGCCAAAAGUCUUUGCCAAAUGAAUUCUUCCUUAAUUGAUAUGACUUUGUCCUUACACGGGUACAAUGAAGGUUUUACAUGUUGUAUGUUUGUUUUAAUGUAUGUUGUAGUGCAAAACUCCAGAUUUAUAUUUAGUAAUCUUGGUACUAGUGAGUUAGAUUGUGGUUUGUUUUUGGUCAGCAUAUUUCAUUUCCAAAUCAUACUCUAAGACAAUGUUUUUGUGGGUAUACAAGUAAAGAGAAUAUUGAUUAUGUGCUUUGUUCAUGCAUAGGCAAUGCUUAUGGACAAAUCUAGUCGUGUUAGGGUUUUUAAGUAUUGAGAAUAUAUUUUUUUUUUCAAUGAUUUAAUGAAAACAGAAAUAACAUGUAUCCUCUUAUUUUAUGAUAUAUUGGACAAUGGCUGAAAUAAGAUUUUAUGAAACGAUUUAUGGCCUCCCAGAUUGUUGAGAUCUAUGAAUUGUUAAUAGAUUUGUGUACAUUGUGUAUAUGCUCAGUAUAUACUAUAUAUAUCACAAAUGUUUAACUGUUGACUUUUUUAUAUUUACUUGUUAAACUCCAAUAUCUAGGGACAUCGUUUUGUUUAAGACUUUGUUACUGUAUAAAAUGUUCAGGAAUAAAGUCUCUUAAACGUU